AUGGUAGAAGUUUUCUUAAACAACACAACAGAAAGAAUAGAAGGGGAAUAUCACCAAAGUAAAGAUGCCAAUGCACCAGUUGCAUUAGUUUUACAUCACCAUCCUCAAUAUGGUGGAAAUAUGUCACACAAAAUGGUGCAUAACACAUAUGAUGCUUUUGUACAAAAUGACUUCUCUGUGUUAAAAAUCAACUUUCGCGGUGUAGGUAAAUCAACUGGUACCUUUGAUAAAGGCAUGGGAGAAUUAGUUGAUGCUGCAGUAGCAAUUGAUUGGCUCCAGGAACAUAAUCACAGCAAUACUUCAAUUUGGAUUGCAGGUUUUUCUUUUGGUGCAUGGAUAGCUAUGCAGCUAACAAUGCGCCGUCCAGAAAUAGUGGGUUUUGUAGCUAUUUCCCCUCCANCAGUGCCUGGCCUGAUAUUGCAAAGCAGCAACGACACCAUUUCAGAGGAAAAUGAUGUAUCAUCUCUAGUGAAAAAACUAGCAAACUCGAUAAAAAGUGAACACAUGCAAUAUUGCACAAUAGACGAUACUAAUCACUUCUUUCGAAACAAGGAAGAUGAGGCUAUGCAGAUAAUAGAUGAUUAUAUUAAGUUGCGUUUAAAAAGUUCUUUUCAGCAAGGUGAUUAUAGUAAUAUAGUAUCCAAAGCAGUGCAUGAGUAUGCUUAA